AUGGUUGAUUAUGGUGCUGCUGGCCUGGGAAAGAAGCUCCUUGGUAGGUAUCAUGUGGGGGUGCUUGGCUCUGAUAACCCGAUUGUUGGUGAGGCGAGUGGCCUUGGGGAGGCGGGGGAGGAGGAGGAUAAGACUGCGAUCCAUGAGGUUGACUGCCUUGGCCGUGCUGGCCCGGAGAUCCUUGGCUCUGCUGGUGUUGUUGAUUCGAGGUCGAACUCGGGUGGGACGAAGAAGGAGGAGGAGGAGCCGCUGAAGAAUGGCUGCCGCCAGGAGGAUGAUAAGUCGGCGCAUCACCGCCAGAGUAUGAUCCAGCACCGGUGUUGGAGUAUCCGAAAUUUUGGUUCUAUAAUAUCCGGUGUCAGUAAACAUGCUCUGAAAUUCGCCGCAUGUCCGCCUCAUGCAUAG